AUUGGAACGACCUAUAUUUACAUUUUUAUUAUCUCACACACACACACACAUAUAUAUCCUACUAUACUAUUAGAAGGUCUAAGGAUGUUAGUUGGCCUAUUUCCGUGUGUACCACUCUGCUAGACGGAAACUUAAAUUCAGCGCCAGUGAAGCUAACAACGGUGCUUGCUCCUGUUUAUCACCGUUUGCUCCUGUUCCAGCGCGUAUGAAUGGGGUUCAAUAUUUGUUUGGGAUGCCAAACAUAAACCUUCCUUUCGUUUCUGCGCUCUUCGGACUUCCAAUUCAGAGUCUAGGGUUCGAAAAAUACCUUCCGCCAAGCCGCCAAGCCGCCCAGCGUCUACGAGUAUCAUCACUGCUCUGGUAAUCAUCCCCUCUUAGCUAUGAUCUCUUCUCCUAUUUUUCUUCUCUUUUGUUUCUAGGUAGGGUUCUCAUCUGCUACGAUGUACUCUGCUGCGGCCAUCAUCAAUCGAUAUCAAGAACAAGGUCUUGUUUCACAUUUCCUAAGGUUUUACUUUUUCAGACCAGGCCCCUUAAUUGAUUUGGAAUGAAUCUAACAAUUUUACUGCUUUUAAUUUCUAACCCCUCAAUUUUACACAUUUAAAUGACUCUGUGUGAUAACAACGUGGUAGUCUGCAGGUAGAUUUCAGUUUCACUAGCUUGACGCAUUACUUCUUUGCAUAUUGAAAUUUUAAUUUUAUUGUAAAGUCUUUUAUGUGUAUUAAGGGUUGUCUAAGAAAUCUAGAUUAAACUUUUCGCUCUAAUUCAGGCAGUCUUGGAGACUGUGGCUAGAGUUAAGACUAGGGUGAGUUCGGUUCUUGCGGUUCUUGCGGUUCGGUUUCGACCUAAAACCAAAUAUAUAAUCAAAGUAAAAAGUUCGGUUCGGUUUCGGUUCGGUUCUACACUCCAAAACUUGGAACCACGGUUUAAUUGGUUUGGUUUGUUUCGAUUCGGUUUCAGGUUUUUGGGUUUUUACCAAAAAAUUAUCAUUAGAUUUAAAAUUGAUAUAAUACUUUGAGGGAUCAAACAUAUAUUACAUAAAGAAUGAAAGCACACUACAACAAAUAAAAUAAAAAUGAAAAUAAAUAAAGAUGUCAUGAGUUAUAUGAGUAUGCGAGAGAGAUAAAAGUAUAUAUUAUUAAUUUACAUUGUUUGUGACUAGUUCAAAAAAAGUUAAUGAGUAUAUACGUUAUAUGUGAUAUAGUUGAGAUAAAUAUUUAUUGUUUCAUCAAUACAAAUUCUUUAAGUUAAAUAAAAAUAAAAGUUAAUUAAUACUAAUAACAAGUAAAAACAUAUUAUCAGUAUAGCUACAUUAUUGUGUGCAAUGAAUGUGUAAAUGAAUUCACAAACUAAACUAAACAUAACAAACAUUAUUUCUCUAGCACACGAAAACCAAAAACUAUUAAUGAUAUUAGGAUUAGUUAGGAUUAAUGCUUAACAAUGGACAAAUAAAUUUUACUCCGUAUAUUUAACUAGUUCGAUUUGUUCGGUUCGGUUCGGUUUUGAAGGGUAAAAACCAAAACCGAACCAAACAACUACGGUUCGGUUCGGUUUUUUACAUUCGGUUUCGGUUUGUUAGCGGUUCGCUUUUAUUUGGCUACGGUUCAGUAUGAUUUGAUUCGGUUUUCGGUUUUCGAUUUUUCGGACCCAGCCCUAGUUAAGACCAAGAAAAAUGACACAAAAAAGGAAGACCAGUAUGUAAUUCCACUAUACGCCCUCGGUAUUUGGUUUCAUUCUCGACCACAUGCUUAUCUCUUUUUGCCUUUUUUUUAUUCCAUGCAAUGGAUGUUCAGGUCAGUUCAACUUCACCAUGUCUUUAACCUUGAAAUCCACGGUUCUAUUUUUUUGAGAAGGUAAAUCAAAACUAAGUUUGAUUUUAUAGGUUGGUUUUGUAUUGAUUUAAUCCGUAAUAUGAAACACAUUGUUCUCCGCAUGAGUGUGUUUUAUUCACUCUUGAGACUAACUUAUUUUUUUCCCUGUGCUAUGCUUUUUUGUGAGAUUCUAUAGUUCUAUGUCCUGUAUUUAUGAGGUUUUGCCAACAGAAAAGGGAAAGGGAAGACUUGACCUUUAUGUGGAUAUUUUUCUCAUCCUUCUCCUUCAUCAUGUGGAAGGACAAGAAAGAUUUUAAUCAGCUUAACACGAAAGAUCAACCAUUGUAUUUAUCCAAACAUUCUUUCAAUGACCUGUCUUGUGUUUGUCCGACAGUUUUUGUCUAUCUUUUGAAGGAAUGCUACGCUCAUGGAACAUGUAAAGGCAAAAAAUUGCUUUUGUUUUUCCUUUUCAGAGCACACUUGUGGCCACUUGAAGUCAACAACCUCCAUCCCACAAGAACAAGACAAAUUGAGGUUGACUCUGACCCAGAGAUCGAAGCCCUAUUCAGAGAAAGUCAGACCUCUGCUGAUGCCAAAAAGGGGGAAAACACAACACAAGCAGGCACCUCUUCUACAAGGUCUCUGGCAGGCAAGAAAGGAGCCGAAACCAGGAAGAAGAACAAGCUCUACAAGGAAGAAGCAGAAAUCAGAAAAAGAAAAGCAUAAGAGGCCAAAGCCAAGGAAGAGCCAAGAAGAAACAAGAAGACAAGCAAGAGUAGGUUAGAUAUUAAAAGUCCGAAAAAGACUAUAAACUAUUGUACUCUAGAAAGUAGAGCAAUGUACAAAAAUUUCAAAGAAAAUCAAUAAAAAUGUUUGUUACUUGUGUUGUAUAGUUUUGGCAUCAUCAAAAAGGGGGAAAUUGUUAGUACCCAAUUUUGAUAAGAUUUUGAUGAUGCCACUAUACAUAACACGUGUACAUUGUGUCUCAAUUUAAUUUACAAUAAGUGACAAAAUUAAUGUACAAUUUUUAUGACUAAUAAAAUAUGACCGGAAAAAGUAAAAAUGCAAUAAGGUAAUUUUAUUUACCUUAAUAGGAUAUUUAUAUCCUACCGGUAUAUUUUAUUAGCCCACAAAAAUUAAAUGUCACAAAACAAGGCCAAGUUCGAAAAAUGUAUAUGAUUGGAGACAAAUACUUGACCAGUAUGUAAUACUGAAUCAAGUACUGGGAACUACAGCAUGGGACUCAAACCUGGAAGAAGAUGCCGCGGCCGAAUUAUUUAUAGACAAAUACACCAGCCACAAUUAAAGCUCCAGCACAAGAAGACAAGAGUACUACUCGUACUCUUCAAAAGUUCAACGGCAGAGAUCAAUCUAUCUUAACCAACGGAUAAGAUUGAUUAGCCAAAAAGCCUAUAAAUAGAGGCUGAAACGCAAGUUUCUAACCAAGCAUUUGAGCAUCCAAAGAGAGAAUUUCUAUCAAGAGCAUUUACGAGAGAUCUAGCAAAAGAGAAAGUGCUAUUCUAAACUUUACUCUCUGCUUGGACUCAUGCUUCACAAAACUUCCAGUUCACAAAGCUUUUUCAUUGCCAAAACAUAGAAGUUUAGUUCCUAGUUGGAGGUUAGAACUUUCUUGAAACAAAUCAUAUAUUGCUGUAAACACUUAGGAGAACAGUUGUUCGGAUCCUACAGUGUAAGUAGAUAGAUAGAGUACCUUUUGAUCCCCACUAGGUCAUUAGAGAAAAGUCUAAGAACUGAGUAACUUUGAGUGGUGCUAUACUCACUGUGAAAAACCUUCAAUCUAGGCCUAAGUGUUGUAAAGGCUAGAUUGGCACUAAGUGUAUUGGGCUUAAUAUUUUAGUGAAAUCCAUAUGAAAGAGGGUGGGACUGGACGUAGGAGGAUUACACCACCUCUGAACCAGGAUAUACUGUGUGUUGAUUUACAUUCAGUCAACAAAGCACACACUUAGCACUUCU